AUGUCUCAGGAUGUAGAGAUAACAAAACAGAAGACUCCCUCUUUGAGCAAAAAAUGGAGAGUUAAAAGACAAGGGUCAAUUUUGUCAGACUCACAGAGUACAUUUGAGGACAGCAGGAUCACAUUACUAUUGUUUGAACAGUAUCGAAUAGUGGAGAUGACGAGGUUUUGUGUGAUAUUCGGGACUCAAAUCAUAGCGAUAAUGGAAGUAUGAGUGUUUAUGAAGGACAACAUAGUACGAGUGUUCGUUUUCGGAUCAAUUUGCAAAAGAAUUGGAGAAGGAGACCUUAACAUUAUUGUACAUCAUAUUUUUGAUGACUGCUGCUGCAAGUACAUGCUUUCCCCUUGCUAUCGUCUAGUUUUGCUGACUCUCAUUUCCUACCAAGUUCUCUUAACCUAUAAG